AUGGAGCCGCCGUCGAUCGAGCACUUGGUCGACGACCUACAGAGCGUGAGCUUCACUUCCACGGGCACCGGAACCACCGCCACGCUCCACCGCAGCACGAGCUCCUGCUCCUCGUCGUCGGCAUCCACCCUCACACCCGCUCCUUCCGCCCACACUUCCUUCUCUUCCAAGACGGCCCCCAAGCAGCAGCCGCAGCUGACGUUCUCGGAUCUCCGAUUCACCCUCCGCCUCGGAUCCGGCGACAUCGGCUCCGUCUACCUGGCCGAGCUCAAGAAAUCGACGUCCACCGCCGACGCCAGCGGCGACGAAAUCGCGAUUUUCGCGGCGAAGGUGAUGGACAAGAAGGAGCUGGUGAGCAGGAACAAGGAAGGGAGGGCGAGGACGGAGAAGGAGAUUCUGGAAAUGCUGGACCAUCCGUUCCUCCCGGCGCUCCACGCCGGCAUCGAGUCGCCGAGGUGGAUGUGCCUGCUGACGGAGUUCUGCCCCGGCGGCGACCUCCACGUGCUCCGCCAGCGCCAGCCGCUCAAACGGUUCGACGAAACCGCCGUCAGGUUUUACGCAUCAGAAGUAGUGGUGGCGUUGGAGUACCUUCACAUGUUGGGAAUCGUCUACCGCGACCUGAAGCCGGAGAACGUCCUCGUCCGUGCCGACGGCCACAUAAUGCUCACCGAUUUCGACCUCUCCUUAAAAUGCGACGACACCGUUUCAACCCCGCUAGUAAUCCUCUCCACCCAGAACCCGUCGUCCGGAGUCGCAUUACUUCCCAACAACAAAACCGACUUCGCCGCCGCCGAUCACCGCCCAAAUUUCACUUCCUCCUCAUGCAUCAUCCCCAACUGCAUGGUCCCGGCCGUCUCCUGCUUCCACCCAAAACGCAAGCGAAAGAAGAAGACAAGCCAACGGGCCGGGCCCGAAUUCGUCGCCGAGCCCGUCGACGUUCGGUCCAUGUCGUUCGUCGGCACCCACGAGUACCUCGCGCCGGAGAUCGUGUCCGGAGAAGGACACGGCAGCGCGGUGGACUGGUGGACGCUGGGUAUAUUCAUGUACGAGAUGGUCUACGGUGUGACGCCUUUCAAAGGCAUGGACCACGAGCUUACACUGGCGAACAUUGUGGCUCGAGCGCUGGAGUUCCCCAAGGAGCCCCCCGUGCCGGCGGCGGCGAAGGACCUGAUUUCGCAGCUGCUGGCGAAGGAUCCGGCGAGGCGGCUGGGGUCGACGAUGGGGGCGUCGGCGAUUAAGCACCACGCGUUUUUCCAAGGGGUGAAUUGGGCUUUGUUGAGGUGCACGAAACCGCCGUAUGUGCCGCCGCCGUUUAGCAGGGAUGUUGUGUCGGACGAUAGUUGCCCCGAGACACCGGUUGAGUAUUAUUAA